CGGGCCGGGGAUGGCGGCGGCGGCGGCUCCUCAGGCCACGGCCCUGACACCAGCGGGAGGAGCCGAGGAAGCGCCGUGAGAUGGGCCGACUACCAAGCCAGUCGGGAGGAGACUGCUUCAUAUUACAGUUGCCCAGAAGCAUUGCUGGAAACUCAGCAGAUGUGGGUGCCCCAGUCAACAGUGGAAGGGGGUACAAGGAAAUCACAGAGAAGUCUGUUCUGAUGUCCCCAGAAGCAAGCCGACCCCCUCCGGGCUCUGGGAAUACUACAAAGCAAUAUGAAACCUGUUCAUGAGAGGAGUCAGGAAUGCCUUCCACCAAAGAAACGAGACCUCCCUGUGACCAGCGAGGAUAUGGGGAGGACCACCAGCUGCUCAACCAACCACACACCCUCCAGUGAUGCCUCUGAUUGGUGUCGGGGGGUUGUGGUGACUGGGCAGACCCAGGCAGGAGGAAGACAGAGUGUUGGUAGUGAUGGAGUGGAGGCCAUCACUGGUCUAACAGUGGACCAGUAUGGUAUGCUGUACAAGGUGGCCAUGCCACCAGCCACAUUUUCCCCAACUGGCCUCCAUCCUGUGGUGAACAUGAGCCCCCUGCCCUCUGCCUUUAAUGUAGCAUCAUCACUGAUUCAGCAUCCAGGAAUCCACUAUCCCCCCAUCCAUUAUGCUCAGCUUCCCCCCACUUCUCUGCAGUUUAUUGGAUCUCCUUACACUAUGCCCUAUGCCGUGCCACCCAAUUUUCUCCCUAGUCCUCUGCUCUCCCCUUCUGCCAACCUCACAACCUCUCAUGUUCCUCAUUUUGUGCCAUAUGCCUCACUCCUGGCAGAAGGGGCUACCCCUCCCCCCCAGACCACAUCUCCAGCCCACACUUUCAACAAAGUCCCUGCCGCCACUUCUCCACCAGGUCAGCUGCAGCAUCACUCAGGCACUCAGCCAGUGGACCUCACUCCAGGCCGAGUGCCCAUUUACUAUCAGAUGUCUCGGCUCCCCCCUGGGUAUACAACACAUGAAAUCCCUCCAACAGGAACAAGCCCAGAUUCUGCCCAUGCACUACAUGAGGUCCAGCCUGUUCCAGAUGUAACUACUCCCAACGGAGGGCAGAGACAAAUGGAACGGAACAUGGUAAGACGAGAAAGUGAAGCCACGGACCCCCCCAGCAACCAGGAUGACGGCCAGGGACUAGGAACAGUGGUGGAAUGUGUGGUGGACGGACAGUUGUUUUCAGGUUCUCAGACUCCACGGAUGGAGGUGGCGGUGCCGGCACACCGAGGGACUCCAGAUACUGACCUAGAGGUCCAGAGAGUGGUUGGAACAUUAGUGUCUCAGGACUAUCGAGUGAUGGCAACUCAGAGGAAAGAUGAGCCCAGCCCCCUUAAUCUGUCCCAUCAUGCCCCUGAUCAUCAGAGUGAGGUGAGAGGGCUGGCUAGGAACCCAGUAGAAAUGACAGAGAAGAGCCAGGCCCGGGGCCUCUACACCCAGUCUCCUCAAGAGCUGGCAAAACAUAGACCUUUACCCAAAGCAAUGGUUAUAGCCAAUGGCAAUUUGGUGCCCAUUGGUACUGAGCAGGGCCUGCUGUCCAUGGGGUCAGAAAUCCUAGUGACAUCAAGUCUGGAUAUGCAGGUUCGAGCCACUUUCCCAAACAAGGAGCCAACCCCACCACCUAGCACCUCUUCCCACUUGCCCUCUCACUUCAUGAAAGGUGCCAUUAUCCAGUUGGCCACAGGAGAGCUGAAGCGGGUUGAGGAUCUACAGACCCAAGACUUUGUGCGCAGCGCAGAGGUGAGCGGGGGACUGAAGAUUGACUCCAGCACCGUGGUAGACAUUCAGGAGAGCCAGUGGCCUGGCUUUGUCAUGCUGCAUUUUGUGGUCGGGGAGCAACAGAGCAAAGUAAGCAUUGAUGUGCCCCCUGAACACCCUUUCUUUGUGUAUGGCCAGGGCUGGUCCUCCUGUAGCCCUGGGCGGACAGCACAGCUCUUCUCUCUGCCUUGCCACCGGCUGCAGGUGGGAGAUGUUUGCAUCUCUAUCAGUUUACAGAGCUUGAAUAGUAACUCGGUUUCUCAGGCUGGCUUCCCUCCCCCAGACCAGUUGGGUCUCUCCCAAGAGAGACCUGAGAGGACAGUCUUGGGAUCCAGAGAGCCAUCUGACAGUGACAGGAAGAGCCAGCCUUCAGGAGAGGGGGCAUUGGCCCAGAGCUCCCACCCAGUGGAGCCCUCCCAGCCUGAGCCUGGUGCUCAGUCCUGCUGGCCAGCCACGGGCUUCCAAAGAUACGGUGUGCAGGGGGAGGAAGCACGGGCCACUCUGCUCCGUCCCUCUUUCAUUCCACAGGAGGUGAAACUCUCCAUUGAAGGGCGUUCUAAUGCAGGAAAAUGAACUCUUCCCCCACACCAGGACCGGAGUUUUAGUCCAGAGCUGAGUCUCACCGUGAGCAGGUGGAGAAUUUGCACACUCUGAGUAGUUAAUCCACUUUCUUAGCCAUGGGAAUUUGGGGAGGGAGGAGAGAGACAUCUGCCUCAUGCUAUAGGGUGUGUGAUGUUUAGCAACCCUUGGCAUCCUUCUGGGAUGGCUCUAGAAAAUGCUUAGAUUGGGGACUGAGGGUGGGAGGGGGCGGAGGUGCUGGCCUAGGCUUGGGAGGGAUAUGGUGUAUCCCAGGCACCGGCACCUCCCCAUCCUCCUCUCCCCUUGCCCAGUCCCUGCAUUAGAGAGGUCCAAGCAUCAGGAGCAGGGGGCAGAGGGAGGGCCACAAAGUAAGAGCCAAAAACUAUGAUCCACACACAGCUUAGAGUAGCAGCAGUUAAACUGUCUGGAGUUUUUUCUUUUCUCUUUUGGGGGUGGGGGAAGGGGAGAUCCCCCUCUUUGGAAUAAGGGGCUCCUAUCCCAGAGCCCUUCAUUUGAGAGAUGUGCACUUUAAAGGGUAAUUUUGUUACAGGUGGUCAUCUUUGGGUUUGUGGGCAAGGAACACAGUCUCCUCUAUAGGCUUGUAUUUAGGCCUCAUCGCCUUCCUCCUCCCCCAUCCUUUUUCACAAGGCAUACAGUGACUUUCAGGGCUGGAGAGAAAUUUAAGCACCUCUAGGAUCAAGAAUGAAGGGAUUGCUAAGAAUCCAGACUCUGGCAGACAGCUGGCAGCUGGCGGACAUUGGAGGAAGGAGCUAUUAGGGAAAUAGAUGGAACUUAGGGGAAUGCAUGUGUCUCAACAAAAGUCCAGCCUGCUGAGAUCAUUUAUGAUUAGCUCAAAGUCAUCUGAAUUCCUAAAUCAGUAAUGGAGAGUCUUUGAAAAAUUAGUCUAUUGUUGUUUUCCUUAGACACCUGCACUCCCUCUUCUUUUCUCUGCUAAUGUGCCCAAGUGCCUGCACGUCCCCAUCUCUCUACUAUCCUUCAGCAGAGUUGUUCUGUUUGGGCCUCUUCCUAAGGCUCUGCUGACCUUACCGGUCUCAUCUGUAAAACUUUUACCUAUCCCUACUAAGUCCCACUAAUUUUCCAGGGACUCUCUGGGUUUCCCCUCCAACUGUCAUUUACUUUCCUCUCCAUUUCCAAAAUCCCUUGGGAAUCAUGUCUGUGCUCUCUCUGCUGCUGAGCAGCCAAGACAGAUACCAUCCCCCAGAUUGGUGAGGAUGCCGAUGGCUGGAAUUGCCAAGACUCCCUGGCAUUAUCCAUUAGGACCCCACUGUCUCAUCCAGUAUUCAGGCUUCCUCUCGCCAUCCUUCACAUUAAUGAGGAAGGGCUUUAAAGUUGAGGGUUAAUUAUCUCGAUCCACAUAUCCUAAUACCUAAUGUCCUCUGGCCUCUCUGUUGGGGCAAGUUCCUCACGGAAUGGUGUUUUUUUUUUAAUACAGGUAUUUUUGCUUGGCCUCCUCCCAUUUUGGAAGCCCCGGGUUGUUAUGCCCACAACUUGGAGCUUCAGCCAGGCCUAUGGGAUUCUGGAAUGUUGAGAGCCAGGCUCUUACAUGAGCCACCAGAAGGUAGAUGAGUUUAUUUUAGUUUAUUCAAGGUAACUCAGGGCAGUGUCACCUAACUCUGCUUUAGCUUCUCCCUGGUUAUAGAUUCCAACUCUGACCAGGAGGUAGCACGUGUUUGUGGAAAUGGCUCGCCUCAGGAUCAGGAGUCCAUGAAUCCCAAGGGCUGACCUCAGCUUUUUCUCUUACUGACAUUAGGCAAGUUCUGUGACCUUUCUGUCUCUCUGUCUCACUUUCUCCCCAACUGCCAAAUGGGGAUGAAUAUUACCUACCUCCUGGGGGAUGUUCUGAAAAUGGCCAGCCAGAGAGAACACAGGAGAAGAGAGUGACUGAAGCCUUGAAUUGUUUGCUGCCAGUCUUGCACUUCAGAGGUUCAUUUUUUGAUAGUAGCUCUCUGGUCACUUUGUAAAGCCCUGUGUGCCAGACUGCCAGACUGGACCCCAGUUCCUUGAGUUGCUAGCUCUAAUAACCAAACGCCACCUGUAUCUGAUGAACACUGAACCUUGGUACUGCGUUUGAGAUCUUUCCCUGCCUCCGUUCUAUUCCCCGGUCUCCCCACAUGCUGCUUUUCCUCGUUGUUUUCCUCAAGUUGGGGCCUGGAGGUGGUCUGACAAAUUCUCUCUGAUCACUAAGCCUUGGGAGAAGACACCCAUUUCUGAUUGUUCCGAGUAGACGGCAUUUAGCAAAUACUGUUUGCACAGGUUUCUCAGUAGUAGCUUUCUUCACUGGAAAGCUGAUUAGUAUAGUACAAUGCCAUCCAGGCAGGGUAUGCCUAAGAAGUCAUCAUUGGCCAUCAACUGUAGCUCCCUCCAUUAAGAGAGGCGGAAACAAAGCCUGCCCCUCCCCUACGGAUGACAGGUUCUCUGCGUGGCUUGGACCUGGUGUACUCAGAACAGCCACUUUCCCUUCCAGAAGAAGGGGUCAUUUUUUGUGCACCUUCCGCUCCUCUGCCUUGCCCUCUCUGCUGCUGCUGCUGUCCCCUUUCUGUCUGCUCCUGGUGAAGCUGCGCCCUGUUAGCUGUACAGUACCUAGCACAGUGCCAUGCACACACCAUGUAUUACUUGAUUUUGAUGAGCUGGUCAGGGGUCUUGGAGAACAACGGUCUCAUGAGUCCUUUCCGGGCCUUUGCUCUGUAGACAUCAGUCUGAGCUGCUGAGGCAUCUUCUGUCCUAGUGGCUGUGAUGUAUCUAUUCUUCCUCCCAGACUGCAGCAUUGGGUAAGAGAGAGAACCUGCGGGUAGUAGGAAUUGAAGGAGCAGCAAUUUUUAAAGGAAGGAGGUUAUCCGUGGGGUUGAGAAUGGGUAGAAGGACUGGAGGACCAGAGGCCCCAAGUUACUUUGUGGGGGAAGGAUAAUCCCAGAGCUGGUGAUAAAAGCGGGUAUGGGGGGAGGGGGGAGGAUGGUUCCAAGUGCUGCUGUGAUGGAUGGCGCACUCCUCCACUGUGUAGAGGAGUCAUUAGCAUCUUGUGAGGAGAACGUCAAGUUAAAGGAUGAUGAUCCACCGCUGUCCCUCCCUUUGGAUGCCCAGUGCUCCUUUCUAAGACCUCAGGCCUGAGCUGCCUGGCCUUUUCCAAAGCACAUGAGGCACCAAGCCCACGUAGCCAGAGUCGCUGCCAUGCUCCUGACCCCACCUGGUCACGGUGCCACUGAGGCAGUCUGCCCGUAGCUCCUGCCUGUUGCUAACUUCCUGCUUUGCUGCUUUCUCACCAGGCCUUUCUGUCCCCUUGGCCAAAUAUUUUAAACUCAGGCUAUGGAGGAAGCAGUGGUGCCCUAUCUUUGCCCAGGUCAUGCCAAGGUCGCUAGCAGAAUUGUCCAUUUUGUCCCAUUAAAAAAGGGAUGUUGGGAAUAAUUUCAGGAUGAGCGAAUCCAAGAGAAAGUGGCUCAGGCACUUGUCAUCAGACUCAUCGCUUCAAGCAUCUUCUCCCUGUUUGCCUUUAGGAGAAAUAAGUUGGUUAUGGGUGCAGUUACGUUCUCUUCUAUUGACUUCUUAACCUUUCUGAUUUUUUUAGUGGCCUGAUUUUGAAGGUAAUAAAGGGGAGUCAGAAGCUAAGGCCUGCAUUCCUAUCCUCAGAGGCCUCUCUCCUACCAGACCCUUAGAGCCAGCCUAGUGGUGGGAGAGGGCUGAAGGCCUCAAGUCUUCAGAGGCAGUUUGGUUACAUUUUUACCAACAGGAAGACUUUGAGGGUAGCAGAAAACCCUUCAGGAUGUACGGAGUGCAGAAUGUGAUGGCCUAACUACGCUAGACAGCAGGCAUAUUGAGAAGAGUUGGGAGAUCAUGCUGGAGUGGUUAAAAGUGCCCUGAGGCCAUUGGAGAAAAGACUACAAAGUUAACUGACCUUGGAGAGCCUUGAAGGAUUGGUUAAAAAUGGCAAGAGUGAGGGCCAAAGUUUUAGGGAGACUUCCUGGCCCCCCUAGGGGAGUGCCUAUUCACACUGAAGCUGCAAUACUUUCCAGAUGAGAAAAACUGUAGUCACAAACACUACAACUGGAGGGCUGACCCCUGCUCAGAUUGGAUGGGGCUGAGAAGCCCACCGGGACUUUGCGGGGAGGCCCGCACCACUCCAUUUCCCUGGGCUUGGGCAGGCCUCUCCUUAUGCAAUAAUAAAAUGAGCAUAUGGGUCUGUAGCUGGCCGCUGCUCGUUUCUUUCUGAGUCGCCUCUAGAAUUGGUCUGUGGCCCAGUGGAGCCAGGGCUCUCCUCACCUGCAGGCUGUGCAGGGCACCUGCGACAGGAGGGCACAAGGGUUCAGUUUGCCCUGCCGAACUUCCCUAGCUGGAGCAGUUGUAAUUAAAUGCACUUUUCACACUAAAAGGUUUUUUUGUUUUUUUCUCACCUUAAACCCAGAUUUUCCUGGUAGAUAGAGAACUCCAAGUCCAUGUAAUCCCAAAGCCGUGUCAGCUGCAACCCCCAGCAGUGGCAAUGGCCUCACGUCGGGUCCCUGCCUGCAAUGUGUAUGGCAGGGCCCCUUGUGCCUUUACUCAAUGUCAAACCCACAAGCAUUUGCAUCUUUCUGGCUGUUAUAGGGACUGAGAUUUCUUCACAGUGGAAGCUGAUCAGGCGGUUCUAAAACUACCUGAAGGACAGGGAGUCUGCAGUGAGGUGGAAGUAAUGGGGUGAGUGUGUGGACCCUCAGCUUCCUCGACGCCCUGUGCUGCAUCGAGGAGAACGUGUAUUAUGUUGGGGAGAGGAUCAUAGCACAUCUGGAGCAUUAUCACAGGGCUGGUCCCCAGCAACCUUCCCAGUCACACAGAGUCCCCUGUAGCCAAACCAGCGUACAUCACAGGACAGCACCUUAAGGGGGUGGGGGGUGAGGUGGGGAUGAAGACGGGAUAGAGAGAGGAAGGAAGGGAACGCCAUCCAGGACUGAGAGAAGGCCGUACCUAGAGAGGACCGGGUGGAUCUGUUUUAGGUAGGAGCUUCCUGUAGAUAAAUUACCGAUCCCUCAACUAUAAUCCCCAUUAUGUAACGGCUGAAUUAACAUGUAACCAACUGCAUCGUAUCUAAAGCCUUAGAACUAGUCAGGUGCUCCCCCCACCCGAUACUGUUUCUUACCCUCUAAUCCUACCUGAUCUUUAACAAAGCAUUAAUAAUUCUAAGGAUAAUCUCUAUUUUGUUGUGCUUUUUUGUAACUGUUUUAAAUAAAUCAAUUUGUACUGUA